UUGUCCAUCAGAAUCCUGAGAAUUCUGCGAACCUUUUGAGGAUUCCUUCAGAAAUAUUUUUGUAGGAUCCCACAAGAAUUCUGAAUAGAAUUUCCUCGGGAUCCUGAGAAAUUUUUCAUCAGUCCUGAAAAAUCCGUUAAAGUCUUGAAGAUUUCAGAAUUCCAAGGGAAGUUUUCUAUCAAAAUCCUACAGAUUCCGUCAAAUAUUUGAGAAAAAUUCCACGAGAAUAUAUUGUUGGAUCCCAAUGGAAGUAAACUACGGAGGAUUCCAUUCUUAGUUGGGUUCCGUAAGAACUCUAUUCAGGUUUGCGUCAACGCGCUGAAAAAGAUUGCCCAACAAACAACGAAAGCUGAACAAGCCUUUAAUCAGAGAGAAUAAGCUGAACAAGAACUGUUUUAAGGCCAUUAUCCAGCUAAAUUGUUUGUUGGGUCUAUCAGAAUCCUGUGUAGAAUUCCAUCCGAACCCCUGGUCUGAAUAACGAAUAAUCCAAUGUCCGAUUCCCUUGGUUCUCUGAGUACAUCAACAUCCUGUAAAGUUUUACAUGAGAGCCCUGAGAAUUCCGUCAAAAUCUCGAGCAUAAUUUCAUCAGAACCAGUAGAAAGAUUCUAUCGGAAUCCUCAGCAGCCAGUUAUAAUGUUGAGAAGUACUCGUAGCUGGAUUUCUUCAGUAUCAUUAGCAUGAUAACUUAGAAUCCACCAAAAUUUUGAGAAGUUUUUCAUCAGAAACAGGAGGAUUCCUAUCCUAUUGGAAGUCUGAUGAAGUCCUGGGAAAUUUUUCAUCAGCAAGCGGAGUUGGUUUCCAUAAGAAUCACGAUCUAUCCUGAUUAAUUUCUGAGAAGACUUUCAUCAGAAUCUUGUGCAGAUUUUCGUUACAGUUCUCAAUAUCCCAAAAAUUUAAAAAAAAACUGAUGGUUCUUUAUCAGUGCUAGCGAGAUGAAUUUGAAACACAAAAAAUCAAACUUAAUCUUGAGUAAGAUUUUAUCAGAAUCCGAAGUUGGAUUCCUUCAACAACCUAAGUAGAAUAAAGUAAAAAAAAUGAGAAGAAAUGUUAAAAAUGACUCCAUGAAAAUUCUCAGAAGGGAUUCACCAGUCCCUUCGCAGGUCAUGACUCACAGAUUCGUAAGUUUAAAAAAGUAUUCUGUCGUCCUUGCUGGGUUAUUUCAAUUUAUUGAGUGCUGGAGGUCCUACCAUAACGCAAACUCAUUUAAGGACGCUUCAAUAAGCCACUCUGCACGACAUGAGUAAUCAUCGAAAGUUGUUUUAAUUUCUUGGAUUCACUCAAAACUCACUCGACGCUAGAUUUUCCGCCCAGUUACAUCGAUCAUUGACUCCUGUCGGGGCGAGGCGGAUGUCAAUUAACCCAAAAAUAAAACUCAAGACAACACGUGCAGGUCACCGGAGUACGUUGGCUGAUGGCUGGUCACGUCACGCUAAAUUGAAUCCGAUAAGAGUUUAUUCCAGAUUCCGCAAUACUUACGUACGCAAGAACUCUUCUUUCAGCCAGUUAUUAGUGGUUCGGUUCCAGUUUUCGCGAUUCCAUGAAUGGCACGAGACAGAUUGUUUGUGUCAGUGUAGGUUCAAUUAUUGGAUUCCUCUUAUCUGAACUAGUUGGCUAUCCUAGCAGGCCUAGGUUUUCUUGAACGAUCGGAAAACUGAAAAAAAAAUCAAUAAAACUGUCAACGAUCUCUCACAUUGCCAUAGAUGUUUAUAUAGAACACGGUCAUCUCACAGAGCUGUUAUUGUUGUCAUAGCCAUAUUUACCAAUUAAUCACUUACAUAUGUUUACAAAAUCUCUUCUGACGAAUGCCUCGUACAUACCGUAAGGACCAUAGCAACCGAUUACGAUCAGCACGAACAGGCUACCAGCAACAAAGUCCACAACAGCCUAGCGAUUCCACGGCCUGCUUAGCUGGUAAAAGCAUGGAUCUCCCGUUAUCGGCGACGUCUUCCGCGUCAUCACAUUCCUCCCUAUCGCAACGGCAGUUUGAGGACAGCAGUGAACAGACGUCAACGACGGUAGAGGAGAAACAGCCACUCGAACUACUCAACGCCGAUACGUUACGUACGCUACGCAUUCAUGACGGUGCUGCCUCUGGCGGAGAAGUUAGCAGGUAUGCGCUGAAAGGUAAACGACUUGGUCGCGGCGUAGUUCAAUCAGGACUGACACAUGAGUGUGGCGUUUUCGGAGCUAUCGGAACGGGAGAAUGGCCAACGCACUUAGACAUACCGCAGAUUAUCUGUUUGGGGUUGGUUGCACUACAACAUCGGGGACAGGAAUCGGCCGGAAUCGUGACAAGCGAAGGAAAUUGUGCGAAGAAUUUCUGCGUCCACAAGGGUAUGGGUAUGAUCAAUAACAUCUUCACGGACGAUUCGAUGAAAAAGCUGAAAGGGAAUCUGGGAAUCGGUCAUACGAGAUACUCAACGUCAGCCGCUUCCGAGGAAGUCAACUGUCAACCGUUCGUGGUGCAUACGGCCCAUGGUGCUCUGGCGGUAGCUCACAACGGAGAAAUAACUAAUUGCGAGAGUUUGCGAAGGGAUGUGCUGUCGCGGGGUGUCGGUCUGUCUACGCACAGCGAUUCGGAACUGAUCACACAAGCGUUGUGUCUAAAUCCUCCGGAUGGAGAGGAUAAUGGGCCGGACUGGCCGGCCCGAAUCAAGCAUUUGAUGCAGUUGGCUCCGCUGUCCUACUCGCUGGUUAUUAUGCUUAAGGAUAAAAUCUACGGAGUGAGAGAUCCGUACGGAAAUAGACCUUUGUGUAUUGGGAAAAUCGUUCCACUGGCGGCCGGAUCGUAUCGAACUGAAAAAGUAGACAAACUUCCAGCCGAAGGCUGGGUAAUUUCCAGCGAAAGCUGCGGUUUCCUCUCGAUAGGUGCCCGCUACGUUCGGGAAGUCGAACCGGGCGAGAUCGUCGAGCUGACCCGGAACGGAAUCAAGACGAUCGAUGUGGUUGAGUGUCCGGAGAAUCGGCGGCACGCCUUCUGUAUCUUCGAGUACGUUUACUUUGCCCGAUCGGAUUCGAUCUUCGAGGGUCAAAUGGUGUACUCGGUGCGGCUACAGUGCGGCCGACAGCUGGCCCGUGAAUCGUUUGUCGAUGCGGAUAUUGUCAGCUCGGUGCCGGAAUCGGGUACGGCAGCUGCUCAUGGUUAUGCUAGAGAGACGGGACUCCACUUCGCCGAAGUUCUUUGCAAGAAUCGCUACGUCGGACGUACCUUCAUCCAGCCAUCGACCCGUCUUCGUCAGCUGGGUGUGGCGAAGAAGUUCGGUGCACUAUCGGAAAAUGUUGCCGGGAAGCGAUUGAUUCUGAUCGAUGAUUCGAUCGUGCGGGGAAAUACGAUUGGACCGAUUAUCAAGCUUCUUCGGGAUGCUGGAGCCGUUGAGGUGCACAUUCGAAUUGCCAGUCCGCCACUGUUGUAUCCGUGCUAUAUGGGGAUCAAUAUUCCGACACGGGAGGAGUUGAUCGGUAAUAAGUUAAGUCCGGAGGAUCUGGCUAGGUACGUGGGAGCCGAUAGUUUGGCGUAUCUAAGCGUCGAGGGACUACAGAAGGCGGUUCAGCUGAACGUGGUCAAGACCAGUCCGGAGAAGGUGGGUCACUGUACCGCUUGUCUGACCGGGGAUUAUCCCGGUGGAUUACCGGAAGAUAUCGAGUGGUAGGACUAUAUGUUGUGUUUUGGGAAGGUUUUACGAUGCCUUUCAUUGUAUCAUCAAUAGAAUUAGAAAGUAUGACAUAAGAAUGUCAGAUAAAAUAAAGUUUUGAAGAGAA